CAGAACUCAAACAAAGUGGAUCACAGUUCUCGCCGCGUAAAACCUCACGAAUUGGGGGGUUCUCCCACUAAUAAUUCUUACCCAUUCUCUCACAUCUUCUACAAGAUGCCGAAACGCACCCACAGUGAGUCGGCGUCAUCAUCGCCGUCGGAGCAGUCAACAAAAUCAACAGAAGGCGAACCCGCUCCAAAACGCACCAGAUCCUCUCCCGCGACUACCAGCAUAUCAUCCCCCCAAAUUCCCCCCUGGACCAUUUUCACCAGAUGGACCUCCGCCACCAUCACCCGAAGCUACCCGCCCCUGCCGGAAGUCCUCGAUCCCGCCCUCGAGACGGCGGCGCUCACGCACUCGGGCAUGCGCAAGAGCCUGUCGGACCCCAGCUACGAGCGGCUUGAGUGGAUCGGCGACGUGUACCUGGAGCUGGUCGCGUCGGAGCUGAUCGCCCAGACCUUCCCGACGCUGGACCCGGGCCGGUGCUCGCACUACCGCGAGAUGCUGGUGCGCAACGCCACCCUCGGCCAGUUCUCGGUGCACUACGGCCUGGACAAGCGGGCCAACUUCCCGGCCGAGUUCGGGCUCGGCGGGCGGCCGAACGGGACCAAGGCGAGCGAGAAGCAGAGAGCCAAGGCGCUCGGCGACAUCUUCGAGGCGUACGUCGGGGCGAUCGUGAGGUCGGACCCGGAGAACGGCCUGCGCAGGGUGGCGGAGUGGAUGAAGGUGCUCUGGGGUCCCGUGCUGGAGAGGCAAAUACGGGAGGAGGAGACCGGGGCGAGGGUGAGCGACCGGGAGCUGAACCCGAAGACGAGGCUGGAGCAGCUCAUCGGGGGACCUGGGGUCAAGAUCGAGUACAGGGAUCUGCCGUCGGGGGGGAAGCGGGACAGGGACACGAACCAGGAGUUGUUCUUCGUGGGGUGUUUCCUGACAGGGUGGGGAGAGACGGGCUUGCAGCUUGGGUACGGCGCAGCGCUCGGCAAGAAGGAGGCCGGCCAGAAGGCUGCAGUAAAGGCGAUGGAAAACAAGAAGCUGAUGAAGAAGUUUGUCGAGAAGAAGAAGGCUUACAUGGCUGCUCGGGCGGCGCAGGCCGAGAAGGCCACAUAGUGGAUGCCGAGGACUUGGACGAACGAAUACAGAUUCAGUCCUCCCU